GCCCGAACCAACCAUUCGCAUGUAAAACCACCUCACAGGAGAACAUCCGGACAUUACGAAAAAUUUACCUUUACCAUUUUUCAGCCAAUUGCAAGGUUGCAUUUUGAAAUUGUCAUUCGCGGGAAAGGCAGUGGGCAAAAGUUAAAGACAGUAAAAAAACACACACACACACAAAAGUAUAGGUAAAGGACUUGGUUGGAAAGACUAUCAACGACAGCUCAGUACAACAUGGUUAAUUAUAUCGCUAAGCCUAUUUUGAAGGCCAUCCCACACUUCGGUAAGAUCAACUCCCAGAACUUUUCAAAGUACGCUCCAAACCUUGCCAUCUGGGGAACGACUUCUGUCUUCAUCAUCUUCACUUUCACUGAAGGUAUUCCAAUCAUGCAAACCACUUUCUUCCAGAAAUUCCCAGUUCUUGGCCAACACUGGAUUCACAACCCAGAUCCACAAGAUUUGCCAAACUAAGCGUAUUGGCGGUUAGUUACAACAAACAAUACACAGCUGUCAUUUCUUUGGUCACUUCUCGGAGGACACUGGUGCCUUGCUUAUCCUUUGUUCUGGGACAGAUACAUCAGAUACAUGUUAUAUUCAAGGUGGUUUGUACCAAUUCAAGAGGAUUCUUUCUGUUUAUACUUCAAAUGACCAAUAUUCAUGAUUAUUAUAAAUUUGAAAGAGCGUAGAUGUCGUUGAUAUUCAGUAUCA